CGGUUAUAUUAGCUGGAUAUCAAUGACAAAUUACACCAUCCUCCUGGUCAUAAGCCAACAGUUCAUCCGGUCAACAUGUCCAUAUCAGCACCUUCUAUCUUCAAUUAUUCAUCGCCUGAUUAUUUUACUUCCUCAUCUCCAGUCGCCCACACGAGCCCCUUGCCCUUCCCGGCCGGCUCCACCCCACCCAUGUCACCAGGUAAAUAUUAUCAUCCCUUUCUUUAUCCAUAUCUCCUCGUACGAACGGUAGCAAACAUACCUUUAGUGCGCUGGUAGCUGCCAUUAUGAUCAAUUAGGGCAUUUACUGAAAUUUGAAAAAAAAAACCAAAAAGUAGCUCGGGAUGAUCUGGCCAAAGCAACCGGGACGCACCAUGGGGCACCUUCAUCGGUUGCACGGCAAUUGAUCGGCGUCCCAACUUCAGAUCAAGAAAAUAGUAAUGAGAUGAAGCAUGGAACUCCGACAUCCCCAUCCAGCUCAUCACCCAAUCCAGCCUUUGCUCUUCGUCCGCCUUCCCAUAUGAACAAAUCGCAACGUCAUUCUCGUGCGCUUUCAAAUACAGAUGUUAUUGAAUCCAUGACUGUCUCACCUCCUCGACCGCCCAAUCCUAUAUCUGCUGAAGAUGAGCCGGAGAAAACUAACGGCAGCAGUGCCGUAAGUCCCCGUUUUAUGGCCUUGCGAAAACUGAGUGAAGCAAGUAUGGUGUCUACAGGACGAAAACAAUCGGUGGCCAAACCAACCAGUGCAUUAGAAAGCUUUGAAGGGUUUCAGAACCAAUUACUGCGACGUAUUGAUGAUAUUAUCGAUGGACAAUUGCAAUCGAAUUUGGCCCAACUGUUGUGGAAAGCAACUCAGACCCAGUUAGAUACGCGGCGGUUCUGGGAAGAUCAGAAAAAGGAAAUGAUGGAGUACAGCUCCAACAUGCUGGCAAAACUGCAACCUCACGCAAAACCACCGCGUAUGGAUGAGGAUCGGGCCCAAUUAGCGGCUUUGCAAGCUCAAGUGAACGAAUUAAAGCAGGAAAACAGUGGCUAUCGACGCAAGCAAAUCGGUCUGGAACGGGAGUUGUAUGAGAUGAACAUGAUCAAAGCGCGUAAUGUGGAGUUGGAACGGCAGUGUGCGUUGGUGCAAAAACGAAAUGCUACCCUGGACCAUCAAUAUCAAGAACCGGGAAAAUCAAUAACGGAAACCGUCGGCGUGCACGAUCCCGUGAUACGCGUCGAUCAUGACUACGACUUAUUGCUAGCACGAAACCAUGAACUGGAGGCGCAAAUUGAUCGCCUGAAUGAACGUAUCCGAGAUUUAGAAUCCGAGUGCACAGCAGCAAAACAAUCUAAAGUAUCCGGAAACGAGGAUCGAGACACCGAUCCACUCAAUGAAACCGUGUCCAUUUCUGAUGGUAGCCUUCAUCGAUGGGCAGAUGAAGUCAAUCGAGUCUCACCCAAAGGAAAGACAACUACCACAGAGGAUUCUCAGGUCCCCGAUCUCCAGCCACUGCUAGAACGUAUUGCUUCUUUGGAGGAAGAGAAUAAGCAUCUGCGACAAAUGGAAGAUAUCCAUCGGAUACAAAUUGAGCACUUACAGCAUCCACCGGCACCGGCACCGGCACCAACGGUCAAGGUCAGAGAGGAGUUCAAAGACACAAUCGUUGUGCCGUCAUCAAAUCCAAAACGGGGCCACAACAAACAACACAGAAGAAGUAUGCCGCCGAGGUUUCCUACUCGCAGCAUGCCAGUCAGCCGUGUGUCGAGUCCCAAUACCAACGAAGACGGUUACAGUACGGAUGGCGAAGUAUUAACCUUCUUGACCGAAAUCAAUGGGCAAAUCUCGCGAUUCACCGUCAAAUUACCUCAACAUCAAUCAAAAGAGUCGUCCAACGAUAGAAAACGACAUACAAUGAACGCCAAAAGUCGACUAAAUCCUCAUGCUCCUGUCUGGCCCGCCUUUGAAUAAUCUUGCCACCUCUUUUUUCCCUUUUUUGUUUUUUAUGUACGAUUUUUAAUAGCCAUACUUAUACCCUGUAAACAUACACGCUAGAACUGUCUCUGUUAUUGAUUAAAAUGUAACAUCUAUUAAAAGUCUGCAUUCAC